ACCGCUAGAGGUGGUUACAAAGAAAUUUCACGUCCCGUAAAAUAAUUAUGUCACGUUUAUACAAGUUUUCCUUUUGAUUUUGAAGAAAAUACUUUCUAAUUUGUACUAGUUUUCUUCAAUUUUGUGAAUUAGGUCGUAUUACUGAUGAGAGAUUAGAUGAUAAUAGUCAUCGGUAAAUUAUUAGUACCUGUAUUGCGAGCAAUUUAAUGCUUCACGUAGUAUGUUUUUAUGAAUUUAAUCAUUGUUGUAGCUUCGAUAUAUUACACACUAUACCAUAACUAUACUUCCGAAGCCAUAUAGUUACGUGUUUAUGAUGCCACGGCUGAAUUAUGUGGUCGUAUCAAUACAAAAAUGUGGUCAAUGUCAUUUCGGCCGACAAACAAAUAAAGAAUAUUUUUCAAAGUAUGCAUAUCUAAUUUAGAUUUAAAUCGUAUAAUGGAUGCAUGGAUUUUAUAAAAAUAGCUGUAAUAUAUUCGCUUACGCGAUUAGUAUGCUUUUUGAUAAUAAUGUAAAUUAUGAAGUAAGCGAAAAUAAAGUAACUUGUUCCGAAGUACAACUCCGACCGGUAUAACGGUAGAAAUCUUCCGUUUAAGAGGAACGGAAAAGUAGCUCAAGAGUGACUGGGGAUAAGGCAUUCUUAAGAGUGACUGGAGGAUAAGAAGGUUCCGAUGCUCAUUUAAUUUCUUCAGUCGCAAGCGUGCGUUUAGUAUGACAAUUCACCUGUCGCGGGGAUUCCACGAAUUUAGCUGUUUCGAAAUCACGAGAGAAUCGAAUUCAAAAAAUGAUGCUAAUCGGAUCAAUUUUCGCUAUAAUCGCGAGUAUUUUUGUGUACCGUAAACCUCGAGAAAGUUGGCCCAUCGCUAUCGUUGAACUUCUUUGCAAAAUGAAGUUCGGCUUACUAGCCAUCAAGGAAAUCUUCAACGAUCGGAUCAACGCGAAAUAUAAUAAAAAUAGAUGUUCUCCACAAGCAGGUAGAGUGGCUAUAGUAACAGGAGGAUCUAGAGGAAUUGGUGUUCACGUAGUUAAAAUGCUUUUAGAACUUGACAUGGAAACAAUAAUAGCUUGUAGAACACCUAGUGCUGGUGAAGCAGCAAUUCUCCAAAUUAGAGGAUCUGGUGUAAAAAGUGGCCAUGCAAAGGUAUAUAAACUUGACAAUGCCUCUUUAGAGUCUGUAAAACAGUUUGCUGCAGAAAUAAAAAAAGACUACAAAGAAAUACACAUUUUAAUAAAUAAUGCUGGUGUUAUGUUCUGUCCUUAUAAAGAGACAGUAGAUGGUUUUGAAGAACAGUGGGCUGUAAAUUAUUUAUCACACUUUUUAUUAUCAGUCCUUUUAUUACCAUUACUGAAAGCUGGAGGUGUAAAUAAUCCAGAAAAAUCUAGUAGAAUUGUCAAUGUUAGCUCUUGUGCUCAUCUCCUGGGUAAAAUUAACUUCAAAGACAUUAAUAACAAACAUAGAUUUAUUACUGAAGAGGCAUAUGCACAAAGUAAAUUGGCACAAGAAAUAUUUACUAAAAGAGUACAAAAACUAUUGAAAGAUGAAGGAUAUAAUGUAAAUGUGUAUUCCGUACAUCCAGGAUUGGUGCUUACAGAUCUUUUUCAACAUUCUUAUGUUUAUAGAUAUAGAACAUUAUGUAAAUAUAUUUUCAAGACUCCUGAACAAGGAGCUAUUUCUGUUGCCUAUGCAGCUGUAAAUGAAGCAGUUGAAAAUUCUGGUGGUACAUAUAUCAGUAACUGCCGUCCUAGUCCAGUGCAUCCUGAUGCUUUAGAUUUAUCCAUACAAGAAAAAUUAAUUGACAUAUCUCUUCAACAAGUACAGCUCCAAAGUAUAUUCUAAUAUAUGUAAUGACAGUCCAAUAUAAUCUAGUGUAUGUAGUAAACAAAGAACCAUCGAUUACUCUUAAAAUUGAACACUGUAUUUGAUUACUAUUUAUUACAAAAUAAAAAUAUAAUUUAUAUGUUAAUACAAUCAGUUCUGUUAAAGAGAGAAAAUUUCAUAUGCAAACAUACAUAUAAUAUUACAUUGUGAUUUAUUUAUUUAUAUGGAAUAAUUGCUCAGCAUUUUUAUAAACAUUUACAAUAAAUUAUGUAAUACACAACUGUUAAAGAAUUCGCGAAUUUAAAACGUGUAUAACAUACUUCUUGAAAGCUUCAUUCCUAAUGAUACACUGAAAUUUAUAUAAUGUAUACACUAAGUAUAAAACAAACAUAUGAAAUAAU